UUUAAUCAUUAAUUCAUGAACCAAUCUCCCUCAACAGCGACACCCACUUAAUAGAAUGAACGAAGAUUCUGAAGACUCCGGAGCUGAAGGCUGCACGUACAACAAAUGUGACAAACAUCUACCUCUCAAUGACAUUAGAUCGAAGGAUCUUAAAGAUGAUUUCAAUGUUACAUACAAGGGCCUCAAUAAAGAAAUGAAAGAUCACUAUGGCCGGUAUCAUAAAGACUCACCAGUCAUUUUUGACUAUCCCAUUGAAGAUAUCACCCGCAAAAUGGAGGUCCGUCGAAAUUCAGAAGUGGACUGGAACUAUGUUUGUGUUUGUCGUAAAUUCUAUCGGGACCGAGCAUCUGUACAAAGACACUUCAAAGACUGUAAAUAUCUAAAAAAAUUGGCACCUUACAUUGCAAUUCAAAUUCAGUCAGGGCCCAUUUCAAUUCCACUUCCAUUCGACGUCCCUCCACCUAUUAAACACAAACGAAAGAAAAGUAAAGUUGAAGAUAGUGACAUCAACACAGAUAUUAUCCAAUCAACCACAAUGCAACUUUUACAUCUUCAAAAGAAGGUUGCGGAGCAAGAAGAAACGAUCCAACGAAUGCAGAAGGAAUUGGAGCAAUAUUCUCAUCAACAUGCCGCUAUGCAGCAAUUAAAACAACAAAUGGAGUACAUGGAGAGCAAGAUCAAUGUUGGAUAUACCAUAUUGUCACAGUUAAAAAAAUAAAUCAUAAUCCAAAU